GACACGUUCAGCCGCGUCGGUGAUCGAUAAUUCCAACAAAUGUCAGGGAAUUUGUACACGGCUGCCGCGGCGAUCACCGAUCAAACGAGCGCGUUAAUCGCUCGGCACGCUGCGUGAGGCAGGCUGGGGGUGGGUGGGAAUCACGAGGGGUAAAAAUGCGUGGCACAGUGACGUUGUGGAACGCGGAGAGUGGAGACAGCGGGAGAAUGUGCGAGGACAGCGGCGGAAAUCGGCGGAUGUGCGCGUGUUCGUCGAGCGUGGAAGCGACGAAGCUGAAGAGGGUGAACAGGUAAGGGACGUGGACGUGGUGAAACGUCGAACGUGGUGGGACAGUUUGGGGGGUGAUGAGGGUGGAACUCCCGGGUACGUAAUUACGGUGGAUUAUCGUGAAAGUGCGCGCAAAGGGGGCACCUGGCCCGGGGGGCGUGCCACCCUUCAGGGGAACCCCCUUCGGGGCGUGCGUGGCAGAAACAGGCCGGACGACGCAAGGUACAUCUACAUUUCCUACAUGCUGCUGGCCGAGCUGCAUCUCUUCGAACAGGACCUGCAAUCGGAAAUCGAAACACAUCGAGACGUGUACGCAUCCCUGAAUGGCACUGGCCGGAAGCUGUUGAGUUCUCUGGCUAGUCAGGAUGACGCUGUUAUGCUACAACGACGCUUGGACGAGAUGAACCAGCGAUGGCAUCACUUGAAAGCGAAAAGCAUGGCGAUAAGAAAUCGAUUGGAAAGCAAUACGGAACAUUGGAACGCUCUUCUGUUGUCCCUGCGCGAGCUUAUCGAGUGGGUGAUCAGGAAAGACACCGAACUUACUGGUUUGGGACCUGUUUGUGGAGAUGUGGCCGCUUUGCAAAAGCAAGAGGACGAUCAUCGCGGCUUCAGGAGACAGCUCGAGGACAAACGGCCGAUCGUCGAGAACAACCUGCUAAGCGGCCGUCAGUACAUCGCCAACGAGCCGCCGUUGUCUGACACCUCGGAUUCUGAAGCCGGAAGGGAACUGGACGGCGAUUCGAGGGGCUACAGAAGCGCGGAGGAGCAAGCACGCGAAUUGACGCGCAGCAUUCGCCGGGAAGUGAACAAACUUUCCGAGCAGUGGAACGCCCUAAUCGAACGUAGCGAUGCGUGGAAGCGGAAACUCGACGACACCGCUAACAAAAUAUGCGUGUUCCAAAAGACGCUGGAGGAUCUUUCGUCGCGGAUGGCCGGGGCCGAGGCGAUCCAGAGCGGCUGGCAGAAUCCGAGCGACACGAACGAGGCGACGGAAUUGCUGAAGCAGUUGGAGAAAUUCGGCGAACGACUCUUGCCCAUUCAGAGGAGCAUCGAGUACGCGAACGAUCAGGCGAGCGUCUUCGCCUCGAGCAGCGUCAUCGUUUCUCAUGCUUUGCUGGCGAAACUCGAAGAUCUCAACACCAGGUGGAAGGUGCUGCAAGUGGCGGUUGACGAGCGUUACAAGUUGCUAAGCGGAUUUGGAAAGGAUGGCAGCACUCCGGGUAGCCAGGCUUUCCUCGCGAGCAGCGUGGAACCACCAUGGGAGAGAGCCCUCACACCCGCCAAAGUGCCUUACUAUAUCAACCAUCAGUCGGAGACCACCCAUUGGGAUCAUCCGAAAAUGAUAGAGCUGAUGUCUUCGCUGGCGGACCUGAACGAAGUACGAUUUUCGGCGUACAGGACCGCGAUGAAGCUGCGCACCGUUCAAAAGCGAUUAUGCCUGGACAUGUUGAGUCUUUCCACCGCGUUAGAGCAGUUCGAUUCGCACGGGCUCCGAGCGCAAAACGACAAACUAAUCGACAUUCCCGACAUGGUGACAGUCUUGACGUCCCUGUACGAAGUGAUAACGGCGGAUAAUCCAACGCAAGUAUCCGUGCCGUUGUGCAUCGAUUUGGCCAUCAACUGGCUCCUGAACGUGUACGAUAGCAAACUUUCGUUGUCUCAUUUCAGUCAACGAACCGGCCAGAUUCGCGUGCUGUCCUUCAAAGUUGGCCUGGUUCUGUUGUGCAAGGGCCACUUGGAAGAAAAAUAUCGAUAUCUAUUCCGGUUGAUCGCGGAUCCGAACAGACUGGUGGAUCAACGAAAGCUCGGUUUAUUGUUGCACGACUGCAUCCAAGUGCCGAGGCAGUUGGGAGAAGUGGCGGCGUUCGGCGGAUCGAACAUCGAGCCGAGCGUUCGCAGCUGCUUCGAGAAGGCUGGCAAGGACAAGAAUGAGAUAGAGGCGGUACAUUUUUUGAGCUGGCUGCAACAAGAGCCGCAGAGUAUGGUUUGGCUGCCUGUGCUUCAUAGACUCUCCGCCGCGGAGAGCGCAAAGCAUCAAGCGAAAUGUAACAUAUGCAAGGAAUAUCCCAUCACCGGAUUCAGGUACCGUUGCUUGAAAUGCUUCAACUUCGACAUGUGUCAGAACUGUUUCUUCUCGGGACGAAAGGCGAAGAACCACAAGUUGACGCAUCCGAUGCAGGAAUACUGCACCGCGACCACAUCUGGCGAGGACGUACGCGACUUUACGAGAGCGCUUCGGAACAAAUUCAAGUCGAAGAGAUACUUCAAGAAGCACCCGAGGGUCGGUUAUUUACCGGUGCAGACCGUGUUGGAGGGAGACGCUUUGGAGAGUCCAGCGCCGUCGCCGCAGCACAGCUCCCUCAGCCAGGACAUGCACUCCCGAUUGGAGAUGUACGCGUCCCGGUUGGCGGAGGUCGAGCUGUCGCGCACCAGAAGCAACUCGACGCCGGACAGCGACGACGAGCAUCAGUUGAUCGCUCACUAUUGCCAAAGCUUGAACGGCGGCGAUAACGUGAACGUGCCGAGGAGCCCCGUGCAGGUGAUGGCAGCGAUCGACGCCGAGCAGAGAGAGGAGCUCGAAGCGAUGAUACGCGAACUGGAGGAGGAGAACGCGACCCUCCAAGCGGAAUACGAACGACUACGCUCGAAGCAAACACCGGGCUCGACGCCGGAAGACGGCCACGGAAAUCGGCAGCCUGACUGCGACAUGAUCGCCGAGGCGAAAUUGUUGAGGCAGCACAAGGGCAGAUUGGAGGCGCGCAUGCAGAUACUCGAGGAUCAUAAUCGUCAGCUGGAGGCGCAAUUGCAGAGACUCAGACAACUUUUAGACGAGCCAAACGCUUCCUCGCCGUCGAAGACGGGUACUUUACAGACGCGAAGCGUAACAGCGUCUCAAUUGGCAACCGAUUCGCCUGCUAAAAUGAACGGACACUAUCAUGAUUCUCCAGGUGGUGGAGGCUCGAACGAAGGAAGAGUGAGCAGUUUAGAGAGGCCACCACCGCCACCGCAUUCUCACAGCGUUGCCCAUAACGUGGGUAAUCUCUUGCAUAUGGCAGAAUGGAUGUAAGGAGAUUUAGGGAAAGCAGUCGGCGAACUGGUGACAGUAAUGACCAGCGAGGACUCGUCGAAAACGAACGGACAAAGGGCACCACCGCCAGCUUUCAAAUAACGACUAUCACCGCGACUCUCGUCGGGGAUAAUAUUGAUUUUACGUUUCAACAUUAUCAACGGACACGUCACGACGAAGAAGAAAUCGACUCGGUCGUUCACGCACAUAUACAUAUAUGAUACACGCGAGAUUUACAAACACUUUAAAUGUUUUAAAUCAAUGACCAAUAAAAGAAGCCUGGCUCUAAACGCAUAUCACGAGACGAAAGAGUAUCGCGCAAAAAUGCAGGGUCAGGGCAGCCGCCACCAAUGGUUUUGGGUAUUUUAUAAGUUUUGAUAUACGCCGUUGUAUAGCUAAAUUCUAUUGACUAUAAUGAGAGGAUUAUGGUUUGGCUUCGGCGGCUCCCUGAGAGUAACUUUACUACAUAUUGACACGUCAUAUCAUUGAGAAAAAAAAAAAAGAAACAAAAGAAUAACCGUAUCAGAAAAUUAAGAAAAAAAAAAAGAGAAAAGAAACGAAGGAGAGACGAAUCGAUUGUUAUGUGCUUGCUAGUUAAAGAAAAUAAAAAGAAACGAAAUAAAGACGACGAUGAAUCGUAAUGACUAUAAGUAAAUUACACGAAUGGAAAUAUCAUUAACAAUGCAUGCAAAAGCAAUGUAUCAAAUCACGUACUAUAUUCUAGAUCGUAGGUUAUACUUACAUACCCAUUCUGUUCACUGCCACGGGCUCUUCCUCGAACAUUAAAUAACAUACACGUUGUACAUGUUAUGCGAUUCUAGAUGACAUAUAAAAUGAACGAGGGAAACGCGAGAGAAAGGGAAUGGAAAGAAAGAAACGGACGAGAGGAGCACAGACGAUAUGAAAGAGGAAUUCAUAUACCUGGCGCGUCUUCUUCCACAAAAAAAAAAAAAAAAAUCCAGGAAAAUUCACAUCGACACACGAUGACACACGUUCACACACGACACAUGCAUAUCAUUAUAUACAUAUACAUAUAUAAAUAAAUAAAUGAAUAAAUAAAUAUAAAUAUAUAAAUAUAUAUAAUACGUGGACACACGAAAACAGAGACACGUUACAGACACGUACACGCCUGAGGACUUUUUGUAAUCGAUAAUAAAAGCAAAGCAAUGUGCAUUAUGACUUUCAAAUUUAUUUUUUAUCCGGUUACGAUGGUUUUUUCAUAUUUUUUAAUGAAUUUUAGAUGGCAAUGUCUCUUAUUUAAGCCUGCCGGAUGUUACUUAUAUUUAAGAGUAUAUCGAUAAGCAUCUAAUUUACAAACUGUAGGCUGUAUUCUGAUAUGUAAUAAAGUUGUCUAGAAAAUAA